CGUACAUAAUAUCAGGUUUUGCGAUGAACUGAGGAACAUCUGUGCUUCAAAUCGUCGCUGCCGUCAACAUGGACUCACUGAAAUGUCUCCUUUUCGUUGCAGUCGCCGCCUUCACAGUAAAAGUUUCUUUUCAAGGGCCAAACCAGCACAGACUGUACCAUGACCUGAUGAAAGACUACAACCCACUGGAAAGACCAGUCUCCGAAGACUCUCAGACUCUCACAGUUCAAUUGGGUUUGAACCUCGUGCAGAUCAUAGAUGUGGAUGAGAAGAAACAAACAUUAACAACCAACCUUUGGGUGCAAAUGCUCUGGGAUGAUCAUUACCUCAAGUGGAAUGAAUCUGAUUAUCCAGGUGUGGCCGACGUGAGAUUUCCUGACCAUCUCAUCUGGAAGCCAGACAUUCUGCUCUAUAACAGUGCAGAUCAAAGAUUUGAUGCUACUUUCAAAACCAACAUUUUGGUGAAGUCCUCGGGUUCCUGUACCUACGUGCCUCCAGGGAUCUUUAAGAGCACCUGCCACAUCGAUGUGCGCUGGUUCCCUUUUGAUACACAGAGAUGUGAACUGAAGUUUGGCUCUUGGACGUACAGUGGGUUGUCUGUGGACUUGAAGAUGUUGGAGGCGGAUUUAUCUACCUAUACGGCCAACGGAGAGUGGGAUCUUGUGGAGAUGCCAGGAAAAAAGAACGAUCGCAGCUAUGCAUGCUGUGCGGAACCAUACCCCGACGUCACCUACACCGUGGUGCUGCGGAGACGGACCCUCUACUACGGCCACAAUCUGCUCAUCCCCUGUGUCCUGAUCUCCAUUCUGGCCCUGUUCGUCUUCCUGCUACCAGCUGACUCUGGGGAGAAGAUCUCACUGGGAAUUACUGUCCUGCUCUCCCUGGUGGUCUUCAUGCUGAUAGUUGCAGACAUUAUGCCUGCCACAUCAGACUCAGUGCCUUUAAUAGCUCAGUACUUUGCCGCCACUAUGAUCAUUGUUGGUCUCUCAGUAAUUGCUACAGUUUUCGUCUUACAAUUUCACCACCAUGACCCUAAUGGAAGCAAGAUGCCAACGUGGAUCCGUGUCUUCCUCCUGAACUGGUGUGCCUGGUUCUUGCGCAUGAAGCGCCCUGGUGAAGAACGGGUUCGUCCAGCCUGCCACAGCGGGGAAGGCAAUGUUAGCGUCCCCACCUACGGUGCCAGCGUUGGCCUACAGAACAUUCACUACUCCACAGCUGCCACCUCACCUGACUCUGGGGCACUUCUCCCCAAAAGUCAGAGUUCCUCAUUGGAACCAGAGCUGGCCACGAUCCUAGACGAAGUGCGCUAUAUCACCAAGCGCUUCCGUGACCAAGAUGAGAAUGAGUCCGUGUGCAGUGAGUGGAAAUUUGCUGCAGCUGUUAUUGACCGGCUCUGUCUUGUGGCUUUCUCGCUCUUAACUUUCCUCUGUACCAUCGGGAUUCUUAUGUCAGCUCCAAACUUUGUUGAGGCCAUUUCCAAAGACUUGGUCUCUUAAGGGCUUGAUCAGAAAAAAAAGCAAUAUAAAAUAGAAAAUAUAAAUAUAAACUCAUGGGGCAGUAAUUUUGAUAAGUCUGUAUGGGAUGCAUCACCAUAUUUUUAACCAUACUAGAACAAAGUCUAACUGAGUACUAAUUCAGGCAAAAUGUAUGUAAUGCAUAAAUAUUGUAAUUGAUCUAUGCUUUACAUUUUGUGGUGAAAAUUAUCAGUUUUUGCCUUUUUAUACUGCACAGACGAAUUGUGUAUUAAAAUCAUAAAACAUCUAAAUUUGAUCCCCUUGUACUGUUUUAACAUGAUUCUGUAAAAUACUUAUAUUACAGAAUUGUUUUAAGUGGUGUUAUUUGUUAACCAGCAAAGAAUGUAUUUGUUGUUUGUUAUGUUACGUGUGUGUUCAUUACAAUGAACUAAAAUCGAAUCCAUGUAUAAAACAAUAAAGCUAGCUAUGUAUCUUGUAUUGAAAUGUAUUUGUUGUAUCACAUUAAUACUUGUAUAUUCAAAACAAUUAAGUGAUGUUAUUUUUGUAUUUCUAAUAACACAAACUAUUGUUGAAUAGUGUUCUAAGUAUAACAAAACACCUCAACAAUUUUCUUACUUGAUCUCACUUAUUGUUUCUUUGUUAUUCUUAUUGUAACAUUUUGUAAUAAUAAAAAAUAUCAAAAAUA